AUGGCCUUCCGCGCGGCGGGCUCCCCCACAUCGGCCCCGCCCCGGCGACUGCUCCGCCUCGGCGGGGUGGAUCUGCCCCUGGACACGGCGGCCUGGCCGGUGUGCCCGGGGGCCCGGUUCUUCGAGGGCGGCUACACCUCGCCGAGCCAGCUGCUCAUCGCCCCUGGGCUCUUUGACGAGCUGGCCGCCGCGGCCGGGGCUCACCCCGGCGAGCACAUCUUCCUGACUGCCAAUGACCGGCUCUUCCGGGCGCGCCCGGAUCCCCGGGCCGCCGACUUUUGCGUUCUCCCCGGCGACGAAUUCUAUCGGCUCUUUCCUUUCGGGAGGGCGGGCGUGCUGGAAGUGCAGCGGUUCCUGCCGCCGGCGCUGGAGGCGGCCUGCUUCGCCGUGCGCCCGGUGGGUGUGGCCGCCUCCGUGGAUGAUCGACCGCACCAGAUCCCGUUCUCGGCGCUGGAGGCCGCGGCCAAGGCGGCUCUCGCCGGCCACGGGCUGCUGCUGCACGCGUCGGAGGUUCUGCCACUGGCGCUGACCCUGCCGACCGAGGGGGCCCCCGCGCUGGAGCUGGCGGUGGUUGAGCUCCGUACGGACGCCGCCGUCGCCGGCGGCCGCGGGGGCGUCUCCCCAUGCGGCCUGAUCGGCCCGUCGACGCGGAUCGUGCUGACCGCCGGGCCGAGCAUGGACCUGCUGGACGCGCCGGUGGUCGUGGCCCUGGCACCACCGGGCGGCCCGACGGUCCUGGCCCCGGGCGCGUCGCCCCUCCCGGAGCAGCACCACAUGGUCCAUGCGAUGUUCGCGCCGGGUCCCAACCUGGAUGUGCUGCUCGCCCCGGCCGGCGGCCCGGUGGCCCGGCUGCUGGCGGCAUGGCGCCCGGGCGCCCCGGACGGCCCCUUCUACGCGGCGCAUGAGAAGCGCGUUUUCCAGAUCCGUAUUUGCCAGCGCAAGACCCCACCUGGGAUAUAUCUGCGGGCGGACCGGCGCCUGCUCGCGUCGCUGGGGAUGGAGCUGCACGGGCGCCCGGCCCGCUUGACCCUGUGCGACGCCCCGCCCGCCCUGGCCGUCGCGUGGGUCGACAGCCCCCAGGGGCUUCGUCCGCAUGAGCGCCAGCGGAUACUCAGCCAGCUGGCCGGCGCGCCGUUGCGCGUGGGCGACAUCGUCCACCUCGAGGAGCCGCAUGCCUCGAUCCGGGUGAAGCGGCUCAUGGACCGGGACUUCCGCGAUGUCCUCGUGGGGGUGGCAUCUGCGGACGAACGCCGCCGGGUUGCCCCGCCGUCCGCCCCGGUGCCACUGCCGCCCGAGCCCCCGAAGCCGCGGCCCGUGUGCAUCGCCCCGACGCCGGCUCAUCUCCAUGCCCGAAAGGCGCCAAGUGGCCGGCUGCCUGCGGAGGAUGCCACGAGGCCAGGCCCGGGCGGGCGAGGCUGUGGCGAGUCUAGCCGCCACAGCAAGGCCCAUCCGGGUGUCCCGGGCCGCCAUGCGUCCGAGCUGAGUUGCCCCAGGCCGGCUCGACUGGGGACGCGCGGCCUCCCACCCGGCCCCGCUCAGCUCGGCAGCGCGGCUGCAGCCCGAAUUGCCCCCACGCUCGAGAGCCAUGGCGCUCCUGAGCGCACAUCCAUGCCCGCGGCGACCGUCCUCUAUGUCCAGACGCCGCGCGGCCUGCCGGCCGACCAGAACCACCUGGUGGCCAUCUGGCCGGAUGCGGAGGACCCGGGCGUGGUCAUGCUGGCCCCGGAGCCCCUGCCCCCGGGCACGCCCGGCACCGAGCGCACGGUCCUCGUGUCGCCGGCGGCCUUCCGGCGCAUCGCCAGCCCGAGCGGCUGCCCGGUCGAUGUCGUGCGCUUCACCAGCGGCGGGGCGCACCUCGACAUCCGUGCCAGCGACCGAGUGACGCGGUUCGGGGCCGCGAUCCAUCCCCGGGACCUGGACAUGCUGGGCGGCUUCGGCCUGGAGCCGAUGGUCCUGUCCCCGGCGCCGGACCUGCCGGUGGCCGAGUCCGUCGAGGUGUCCUUCGUCCGGGAGGGUGCCUCAGGCCAGCCGGUGGACAUCCCGCUGGAGCGCCUGAAGCUGGACUUCCUGCAGGCGCACGGCGACGCCACCAUGCGACUGGACCGGCCGCUCUCCUUCAGCUCCCAAGGCGUCGACGUGUGCUGCAUCGUCCGGCGGAUAUGCUGGCUCGGGGAGCCGGACGUGCCGCGGCCGGCUGGGCGCCUGCCGCCGGGCGGCGGCCGAGUCGAGGCGCUGACGGUCUCCACCGACGAGGCCCCCCUGGCUGCCGCGCUCGAUCCCCCACCGCCGGCGGCCGCCAACUUGUCAGGGCCAGCGACCGCCGGCCGGGCAGACCCCUCGGCCCCUGGCGGCCACUGGCUGCUUGUCCAGCUCCCCGCGGUGGCGGGGGCCGAGGAGGACGGCGGCCAUCUGUCCCUGGCGGCGGUCGCCAGCGAGCUGGCCAGUUUCCGGGCCGGCUGGGCGGCCGUCAGCCCGGGGGUCUAUCGACGCCUGCGCCACCGGUUGCCGGACGGGACCGACGCCUUCCUCCAGUGGGGCGGGCACCUGCUGAUGAUCUACCCGGAUCCGAACCCGAAGAGGCCGCUGUCGGACGAGCAGAUCAUCCUCAACCGGCGGGACUUCGAGCGGAUAUUCAGCCAGCAGACCUGCUUCUGGGCGGCGGCCACCGCCUCGCCGGCGCAGGUGGGCCUGAUCGAGCUGGUCCUCUUCAAGAAGACGUCCUUCUCGCACUACGCCAAGCACGGGGACUUGGUGCGGGAGUUCCUGCAGAAGCUGGACGACUCCGUGCUGACCGUGGGACAGGAGUUCGACAUCUCGGUGACGGGCGUGCUGAUGAGCAUGCGCGUGGACCGGCUGAUGAAUGCCUACCUGCAGCCGCUGAAGUCCGGGCACCUGCUCACACGCGAGACCCCGGCCUUCACAUUUGUCGAUGCCGCCAUCAAGGAGGGCUUCCGAAUCAUGGAACCGCCGCACACGGUGCUGCUGCAGCUGCCGCUGCUGGGCCGGGACCUGCGCCUGCCGGUGUCCACCAACAUCAGCCCCAGCAAGGUGUCCCACAACUCGCUCAUGGUGCCGGAAGAGACAUUCAUCUCGCUGGAGACCUACUUUCUGGAGCCCGGGCCGGAGAUCCUGGUCAACGACAAGGGCAGCAUUGUGCCCCAGAAGAACCCGAGACUGGACCUCCUGCCGAACCACGUGCUGGUGGGGAUGAACUUCCUCCAGCGCUACAUGACCGUCCUCCACCUGGCGCCGACCCAGACGCCGGUGCUCUCGACCCUCACAUGCCACAUCACCUCGGAUGGGGAGUACCGGCUUCCGGACCUGGAGCCGGGGCUGCUCGAGCGCAUGUUCUUCGCGAAGCUCCCCAAGGGAGGCGCCAUCCCACUGAUGCAGUUUGUCUCCUCGACGCUCGGGCCCUUCUUCAUCAACUUCACGGCAUCGCACAUGACCGGCGGCAACCGGGAGCCGGUCAAGGCCGGUGUCGUGGUCCCCGGGGUGACGCGCAUCCACUUCGACACCUCGGACUACGGGCUGACCCUGGUGCCGCGGCCCUUCGGCCUGGCCCUGUCCCGACGGUGCUCGACGAUGGUGCUGGACACGGACUUCGUGCCGACGCCCAGCCCCCUGUACGCCGGGCUCAUGCUCCCGCGCGACCUCUUCCAGUCGCUGCGCGAGACGUCCCGCUGCCAGCUCGAGGCCGAGUGCCUGUUCUUCGAUUGCCGCGGCCGGCUGUUCGUUGCCCGGCUGGCCGAUGCGCACGACACGCCGAGGGUCAUCCGCGUGUGCGCGGACUUCGGCCAGUUCAUCCGGGCCGAGGACACCCUCAUGACCAGCCUGUACUUUUCGGAGGCGCCCACCCAGCUGGACGUGGUCCACAUGCGGGUGAGCCUCGACCCGGCCGGAAGCGAGGCCGGCGCCGGCGAGGCCGACCCGCCCCCUGCAGCCGGGCCACCGGCCGCAUCGCCGGCCGAGCCCGGUGCCCCGCCGGCAGGCACCCGCGCGCCGCCGGCCAGCGUGGCCCUGUCACAGCGCGACCUGCAGGCCGCCCUGGAGACCGCCUUCCCGGACGGCAGCAUGGUCCUCUUGGAGCGGCGUGCCUUCGCGGCCCCCGGCGGGGCGCUGGUCUUCUCGCCGGAGCUCCUCUUCGACGAGUAUAGCGCCCCGGUCGCCUGCGGGCUCUUCCGGCCGGGCCGCACGCGCUUCAACUUCCGCCUCAAGGGGGUGGCCCUGCCGCCGUAG